AUAACUUCUCCAUGUGAUUAUUGCGGAUCGCUACGCGGUGUCUUGUCGUUCCUCAUUAUAUCCGAGGAAAUCUCAAAUUUAUCAAUAUAAAUUGUAAACAUUAAAUAUCCCAUUGUUAACAACAACGAUCUGCUCUGUGUGUGCAAAAAGUGGACAGAAGGAAACAUUAUUUCUUGCUGAAAAAUUUUGAAGCCGGAAAUAUUUUCACGUGAAUUCAAACGUCAUCUGUUAAGUGAAGAAUUUGAUCGGUGUUAUGUGGUGGCAGUAAAAGUGUGGACCAGAAGGUGUUAGAUUGAAUAGAAAAUCGCGUAUGCUCAAUGAGACAACUAAAAUAAGUCUAGGUCAAGUGUUGAAAAAUGAGUUACUGUAUCGGAAUGCCGAAGGCAGACGACGCGGUCUAGGAUCUUGAAGAAAGUUCAGUGGAUGGUACGUGCAAUGUUAGCACGAGUAUUUUUUUUAUCUAUCCAUAUUGAAAAACGUGUGACUCAACGCACUAGGUUCUAGGAAUCACCAAAAUCAACCCGGAGACGGUCUCGGUUCUGGCGCACCUACCAGAACCGAGAUAUUUUCACCUCUAGCAACUUGUAGCAAUUAGCGUAUUUUGUGAUAGUGAACUCAAACUGGUUUUUAUAAGCUACUCACUUGUACUGCAGAGAAAAGCAUGGAAUUUAAAAUACUUAAUGUGUCGUCGGCUGUCAGGACAAUACCGACGGUGACACACUUCACCAGCAUGGGGCGCGGUAAUAGUUUACAAACUUUUCCGGACGAAAGGAUAAUCCGCAGUAUAUCGUAUAGUAUUCCGGCUGUCAGUCUUCACUACGGUAAUGCAUUUGCACCUGAAGGUGAAGAAGAGGGAGAAGAAGAUGAUGCUGAUAUAGAAGAGGAAUCUAUCAACCGUCGUGUUAACUUUGGCCAACACAUUGUUGAUGAUAGUGAUGGGGAGUACUAUUAUGAAGAGGAAGUAGAUGAUGAUGUAGAGAUGUCACCUGCUGUUGAAGUAAUUUCCAUCGACCCAAACUGUGAUUAUGAUUCGGAGGAAGAAAUACGAUGUACUGCGGAGCCGACUCCAACGACAGAUUCAUUCGUUAUACAGCAUACAUUGGAACAGUCAUCGUCGGUAGUAGGCGAAACCGUCAUUGAGAAUGACAACGUGAUAGUGGAUAUGGAAACCGACGUGAUAAAAGGCUUAGAGACCGACAUGAUUGAGAAUGUGCCGCGAGAUGUUCACUGCGAGUCGUCAAAUGAGGAUGGUUCUGAUUCUGAUAGUAGCUCUAGCAGUAGUGGUAGUACUAGAUCCAGUAGUAGUAGCAGUUGUAGCGACAGUGAUAGUAGUAGCAGUGACAUUGAGAGUAAUGAUCAUAUGUCUAGUACUGAUAUUGAGUCUACUACUCCAGCCUGCAGUUCUGAGGCCGGCGAGGCUUCCAUCGAACAUAAAAGUGCAGAUGCGCUGCAGAAAGGAAACGUUGCUCGAGUGUUGGAAAGGCGUAAAAUGAUGGCAAUUGAACGCUCCAAGCGAAGAAACAGUACUAAUCGGAAAUCGUUCUCGCUGCCGCAGUCUCCGGUAGCGAUUGUUGAUAGCAAUAACUGGGCACAUGAUGCGACCAGUCUCAGUUUUGAAGAUCUCGAUGUGUCAGCUAUUGUUAGUGAACUGAGUCCGUUGAAAACGACGGUACGUGCAUGCAUGCCAGACGAUGAACUGAUAGAAGAUUUAGCCAGGAAUAAUUUCGACCUAACUUCAUACAUUACGGAGGAUGAUCCAACAGACACAAAACAAUCAUCUCUAAACGGAACAAAUGUGAAUAGAAAAAAUAGUGAGACAAAACUUUCACCUAUCAAAAGCCAACCCAGAUCUAGAGGUAAGCAAAUACAGAUGCUGCGUGAACUGAUGAUUUCUCCCGUGUCUAGUACAUACGACUCUGGAGGAACGCGCAGAAGUUGCACUAGCAAGUCCCGCCGAAUUGUGGAGAAUACUGAUUCUGAGACGGAGGAAUCGGAAUCGGAAGCUGACAGUAAAGCUGUCGGGAAAAUGUUCGGUGUCGAACAAUUGACAUCGAAAAUCAAACGAAAGGAUGAUGACACCAAAGCCGAUCCGACGUGGAAUCCUAAUAGUAACAGUGUAAAAAUUACGCACAAAACAACAGUACAAAGUCAAAAGGCGCCGGUAAUGGCUACAACAAUCGUACCGGUUACUCCUGUAAAAUUUGAUAAGGAUGAAAUAAAACUACAAUCCGCCCCCAUUAAGACUAGCGAAAGCUCCAAAGCAACAAACGGGAAAACUAAACUACCAAGCGCUGGAUCGCAAUUGGCACGACAAAGAAUGCUUUCACUAAUGUCUAAAAAUAAUUUAUCAAGACCUCGUUCAAAACAGAAACAUGCAGUAGGCAAUAGUCAAUGCGAAACAAACGGAAAGCUGCAAAGAAAAGAGAAACCUCGUACGGCUGCCAACAUUAAACUUGAUCAUGACUAUUGUUCCCCAAAGAGAAAACCUAAUAUAAACUCAGCUACGUCGUUAGGACCACAGCGAAAGGCAAUAGAAAUUCCAUUUCUGCUCCCAACAACAAAACAACAGUUUAAACAAAAGAAAAAACUUUCGAAAAGCGGGAAAAAACAGAAGAAUGUUUUGGAUAAGCAUUCAAAUACGGGUAACAACUGUGAUAUGAAAAGUAGUCAAAAUAUAAAGAAUAAUGGUUCAACACAAGACAGGAUUAAUCAUAACCCUGAAGUUACAACUACGAUUCCCGUUUUAACGGAUGUUCCAGUGAAAGAUGUAAAAAACGAACCUAUAGCUGCCUCAAUUUUACCAUUAUCACAGAAACAACAAUCAUUUAAGCAAGUAUCGUUACUGAAAAUAAAUCAAAAUAAACCCACUGGAGUGCCAACUCUCGAGACAACAGCAUUAAGUGAGAUUCCGAAGCCUGAAAUGCAAUCAGUAGAUGUUACCAGCAGCACAAGUAAUGAAUCUAUCGUCAAGAUUAAAAGGAAACUUAAUCUUCAGGAAUAUAAAAAAAGGCGUGAACUUCCCACAGAUCAGUCUACGCAGUCUAUAUCGGCAUCAAAAAGCAGCAGUGACUUGAUCACCGACUGUGUAACGUCUAGUAAGGAAGAUUUACCGAUGGCACAGGACACGCAGGAAAGAAAGAUUUCGUUGCUGUUAGACGAAACCAGCCUUUUAAAGCAUACUAUUAGCAAAACUCUACUUGAUCCGAUUUCGGCAGCAAAGCUAAAGGCUCUUCGAAUGCAGCAACUCAAGAAGGAAGCGGUCAUCAAAUCAACUGAAGCAAACAUCAUUCCAAAGACUGUAACUACCAUGAUUCCGCUUGCAGAAAUAACAUCCAUCAAAUUCGAUGAACAUGGAAACCCUGUACCUUACGAUAAAAGGGUAGAAAACAAGGCAGCUGAAUUGAAGCUGCACGAAGACUAUGAAGAAAUCGUUAUUGUUUCAAUGGGUUGUAAUACAGAGAUAUCUAUCAAUCCUAAGGAAUCCAAGCGGGAGAUUGUCAAAAUAUCUUCCUCGGACCUGCCUAAGAAGAAAAUGGCCAAAAACGAACUACUCUCUAACAUUACGGACACAAUUAAACGGUGUCAAUCUUCAGCUUCGGCUAUUAUUUCCAGCAAUUCUCUGAUUUCUAGCAUUCAUGAAACCGUGAUUAAAAAGAAAUCAUGUGAAACAAAUGACUUGUCAUUCGUAGAUGCCGACAAACAGCUAGUUGCUGGUGGGGAAGCAUGUCAGCAAAUAUUGCCGAAUAUCGGCGUUUCUCCACCCACUGCGUAUUCUCCGGGAAAACCGGAGAAAGCUGGAGGUUCAUACGAACAGACAGAUUACGACGAGAUACAAAUUAAGCAAUCCAGGAAAACAAAUAGGACAAUUGAGCAUGGCGAGGACAAGAUCAUCAUGCAUUUACGCAAGGAUCGACAACGUGCUGAAGUUAACGCAAUAGCCGUACAAACUCUACCGCUGGAUCGGUUUCCGGAGCUUAAAAGAUUAUCUCCUAUUAAAAAGAGAGAAAGAUCAAUUUCGUGUACCAGUUGUGGUUCAACUCCACGUUGUCAUAGUAGCCAGUUAUCGAAUACAAAUCGCGACCGUUCCCGUCGGCAGUAUAGAAAACGGCACAGUCGAAGCUCCUCGAUAGAACCGACAGUCCGCAAUAGAUCUGCGGAUUCGUAUCGAAGUCGAAGCAAACGGUCGUCGUAUAGACGAAGUCGAAGUCGAAGUCGGUGCAGAAGCUAUCGACGGAGAUCACGUUCACGAUCGAGAUCCUAUCGUCGCACCUCCAGUAGCUCUCGUCGCAGACGAAUCAGUGUUUCUUCAGAACGACGAGUUCGCUAUAGAAAUAGUCGUUCUCGCGGAAGACGUGGGCGGAGGAACAGCAGCAGAAGGCGUUCUUCUCGCAGCGAUUCUACAAGUCAUUCUGAUACUAGUUCUUCAUCCUAUUCUCGAUCGAGAUCCCGUUCAAUAAGAUCGCGCUCUUCUUCGUCACGAUCAUCCUCCCGAGCAAGGGUCCAGCUCCGCAACGAUAUCCGUAGGACAGCUGUCUCUCCAGAACGAAAAAUCGUUUAUGUGGGUCGUUUGGAAGCUUCGUUGAAGCGGGAUGAUCUGAAACAAAAGUUCAUGCACUUUGGACGAAUUAAACAAGUAACACUUCACUAUAAAGAGUCUGGAGCCAAAUAUGGUUUCGUGACAUUUGAAAGACCACAGGAUGCUUACAAAGCUAUCGACGCCAGUGGAAAAGACCCCAAACUUUGUGGGUAUGAUGUUAACUUUGGAGGUCGUCGAGCGUUCUGCAGAACAGAAUACGCAGACUUAGAUGGCGAUCUUUCGCAUGAUUUGGAACCCGUCCCGUACCUCGCCUCCGAUGGAUCUUUUGUUUUGACGCCAAAUCCCCUCAACGUUCUACCACGUAAGAACGAAAGUGAAUCGUUCGAGGAUAUGCUAAAUAAGUUGAAGAAAGAGAUAAUAGCGAAAAAACCACGGAAAUGACCGUAUACGUUGGGCUCCGUUACACUGCUGAAACCGAGUUCUGCGUUUUUUUCUGAUUCUGCCAUCUUUCUUCUGCGAUUAUAGGUAGCCGCCUAUACAUCAGUUUAAAGCUUAGGUUGAUUUCAUUCGAUGGGAGUUCAGUUUGUUUAUGUUGAGCUCAUUUUCCACAAUUUUCAAACUUCCAUACUGGUACCAAAACAACUGUAAUAAGAAUGCAUCUUUAAAAAAUAAUUUCGAUUGUAUCAAAUGUGCCAUUUUUUAUUAACGUUUACAGCAAUUUUCGAAAGCAAACUUUACAUUUACAAACUGUCGAUAGCUUUGUAAUUUCAUGAACUUCAUUAUUAUUUUACAUACAGCAAACACACUGUCUCUCUCGAGUCGUUAAGUUGUUAUUGUAUGUUACAUUGAAAUAUGUAAAUAAAUCGUAUUCUGCUUUGAAAAGAUAAAACCAGAUCACUCCAGUAAUACUAAAAUGUAGGGUUUUUGCUCAAUUCAAUUAAUUUGGAUUGUGUAUCGGAAUUUGCUUCGGUUAAAAUACCGGUGUAACAUAUUUUGUACAUUUUUAUUAAAUUGUCUUAGAACACAAAAAAAUGCUUAUUGGAUUUUUGAUUUUUUUCUAAAUCAUUUUGGUUUUCAGCCUCAGACGUUCAAACCGGAUAUAUUCACGCGUUAUAUGUUGAUGUUAAUUUGUUGAUCCUAUUUAUAUUUGCAUUGGAAUUCCAAUUACAACACAAAUACAGGAUAUGUUAAUAAAUUUUAAAACGGAGAAAUGGUUGUUUUCCAGCUAAUGUAAAAAUUUAUUUGAAACUAAUUGAAUGUUUGUUUAAAAUGGAUGAUACAAUAAUCGGAUCUAUUCGGUUGCUGUUUUGAGACAACCAUACAAAAUUUCAGGUUCUGGUUGCCGUCGUAAGCGACCAUUAUAUAAAGCGUUGCAAUCUGUUAGCCAUGCACAGUGUGAAUGAUAUGCUGCCACUCAAGCAUCAUUUGGUUGGAUUGUUGCAAAUUUUCACUAUGGGUUCAAUUUCAGCUCAACUCGGAUUAAGUGGAUCAAACUUAUAAAAUUCAUGAGACUAUUGUAGUUGCCUAAGGCAUUCUCUAGGAAUUCGAUUUAUCGUUAACAGAAACAUUGAAAAUCUAUUUAGAACAUGAAAUGGCUAUCGUCAAAUCUGAUUUGUUUUAAAUGAUAAACGCCCUUAUUCUCGAUAACGACGUAUUGGUUUUUCGAUCGAAUAUGGUUCGGUCGAAUCUUAGCUACCUUUGAUUUCGCUAGCGUUAUUGGGAAUACGAAUGAAAUACAAUCGAAAAAACGAUACGUUGUUAUUCAGAAUAAGGGUGAUAUUCUUUCAACUGCCUUGUAUAAUAUAGACCGGUGUAGAGUAGUGUUGAUUAAAUACAAAAAUACAUUAAAAUCUGUGAUUUUUUAAACCUUAAAAACAUUUACAUUAGUUUUUGCUUUGAAUCAAUAUAAAUUAUAUGCACUUCUACAUAAAAGAUAGUGCAAUUUAAAUAAUUAUAAAAUUUAAGUUACAAUAAUUUACACAAAAAAAAGAUAGACUAAAAAUUUUCGUCAACCCAGAAUAGUAGUAAUA